AGGAGGAGACAGGAGAAAAAAAAAAAACAAGAAAAACCGGAGCGCAUGAGAGACGGUAUGAUAGAGGGAGGUGUGGGAGGUGUGAGGUGUGAACGGAGGGUUGGAGAGAGCGUAGGGCGUGAGAAAGGAAAAGAGAAUGUCAGGCUGAAGCUGCAGUCUGGGAUCGAUGCUUGAAAUUGCAAGAGAAGUGGGACAGAAACUGAGAGGAGGGAAGACUCCUAGCUGUAACUGGAAGAUGGAGGGCGACUCAGCUUGGGGAGGGAACAGCUCCACGAUCUCUAGGAGAGGCACGAUGAACAGUGGUAACCUUGCUUCUGUGUUUCACACCCAGCGAGCAAAAGAUCAGGAAAAUGAAGAAAAUGAUAAGAUGAACCAUUAGCUGGCUUGACCUCAGCUUUACGCCUCAAGACCUGCAGGGGAAGAGCAGCAACAGAUAAUAAUCGCCUGAUGCAACACUUUCAGGAACUGCUGGUGUGAUAAAAUACCCAGGCAUUGCCCAGAGCUGUCACGAACCAAAGCUGUUGCCAGCUGCAGCUCAACCUUAAAGUGGGAGGAAAAUUAGUGGAGGAGCAUGGGACGUGGAGUUCGGAGCAGUGAGUUGUCCCCUGGAUGUCAGACCACCAGGAGCAAAUGAGUAUCAGUGGAUUUGGCAGCAGCUCCAGCUUGCUUCAGGGCCGGCGUUUCUACUGCCGGGAAUGGGCCCUGGAUAAGCUGCGGCACUGCCUGGAUGCCCGCUCCGUGCCGGGACAACCGCCAGGGCUGCUGGUGAUGGGGGGCCCCGGCGCCGGGAAGACUGCCCUGUGCACCGAGGUGGUGUGGCCCACCUCCAAGGCAGGGCUGGCAGCAGGGCUGGCAGCACGCUGCCUGGCCUCCCACUUCUGCCAGAGAGAGGACCAGAGGAGUACAGUGCUUUGGAGGUUUGUUCUGGGCCUGGUGGAGCAGCUGAGGGCCUCAUCUCUCCUCUCACCUGGGUACAAAGAGAUCCUCAACAGCCCAUCUGUAUCCUCCGCUCUGGAGCCACUCACCUGUCAGAAAGAUCCUGAUGACACUUUCAAGAGAGCAGUGCUGGGACCCCUGUUAGACCUUCCUCCUCCUGCCCAGUCUCUGAUGUUGGUGGUGGACUCUCUGGAUGUAGCAUAUGGGGGGGGCGCAGGAAGUGGGAAGAGUGACUCCAUCGCAGAGCUCCUGGCUGCCAAUCAACACCUGCUGCCUGGCUGGCUGCUGCUGGUCUGCUCCGUCCGCCGCCAUAACAAGGCUGUGUGCAAGAUGUUCUCAGGUUUUCGUAAACUUUGCCUGGAUGACCUGAGGAAGCCCCCACCAGUCCAUGAUGUGCAGCAGUACAUCCUCUGCCGGCUGGAUGAAGAAGCGGCACUUCGCCGUCAGCUCACCCCUGACACUGCUGACAUGCUGAAUUUACUGCACAUUAAGAGCGGUGGCUGCUUUCUCUUCCUUGAGCGUGUGCUGGAUGGUGUGGCAGCUGCACUGGUGGGUCUACGAGAGAUCCGGGACAUCCCUGGGACUCUCAAUGGCCUCUACCUGUGGCUGUGCCAAAGACUGUUCCCCCGGGGGCUCUUCACGUACGUCAAGCCUCUCCUUAAUGUGCUCUUAGCUGCCCCGCGGCCCCUCACACCCCAGCAGCUAUUCACAGCAGUAUGGACUCAUGACACCUUGCUCAGCCCCCAGGACUUUCAGAACAAGCUCCGAACCCUCUCUCCUCUCCUGAUUGAUGGUCCUGGGGGCACCAAACUACUUUUUCAUGCCAGCUUUGCUGAGUGGCUGAUGGAUGUCAAGUAUUGCACACAAAAGUACCUGUGUAGCAGAACAGAGGGUCACAGCAUGCUCGCCAUGGCUCUGACUCUGCAGGGACAGGACUUGGACAUUGAGGACACUUGCCAGCUAGCCACACAUUUACUUUGCUCAGGUCAUCAUCAAGAUAACCCCUCUUUAUUGGCAUUAUGGAUGCUGUGGGCAGGUGUGCCUGCUCUUUCUCCUAGCUGCAGCCAUGCCCUCACCACAUCCUUAAGUCAGCCUCCCGUUCUGGUCAGUCAGGAAGUCCUCCAGCUGUUAAUGAGGACUGGGCUUGUCUCUGCUGCCUGUUUUUCAGAUGUAAACACAACUGUUGGAUUGCAUUGUAUAGGUGAAGAGGGAGCUAAUUUACGACAGGCAUUUGAACGGGAGAUGUCUGUAAAGAAGCUGCUUGACAGUGGGGCAUCCGUAAACCAGUUACGUUCUACAGAUGGACAGACCUUGCUUGCUAGUGCAGCCCAUGAGGGUUCUGCAAAUGUAGUUGAACUUCUCCUGAAACACGGAUCUGAUCCACUGAUCAGUGAUCAUCAGGGUCAAACGCCACUGUCUUUGGCUUCCAGGCAGGGUCACGUCAAAGUGUUGUCUGUACUCCUGGAAUGGGCCAAGAGCCAGAAGCCAGAAAUUGCAGCACAGAUGAUGGAGCAUGUUGACAGUGAAGGCUGGACAGCACUGCGUUCUGCAGCUUGGGGAGGACAUAGCGAGGCUGUUCGGCUUCUUCUGGAUGCAGGAGCAGAUGUAGAUGGAUGCGAUGGUGAGGGCCGGACUGCUCUUAGAGCUGCUGCAUGGGGCGGUCAUGAGGAAAUUGUUCUGACCCUGCUGAACUAUGGGGCAGAGGUUAACAAAGCUGACAGCAAGGGCCGCACACCGCUAAUUGCUGCUGCCUAUAUGGGACAUCAUGAAGCUGUGGAGAUACUGCUGGACCGCAAUGCAGAAGUUGACUUGGCUGAUGGAGAUGGCCGUAGUGCUUUGUCAGUCGCUGCCCUCUGUGUCCCUACAGCAGCAGGAGUCAAAGGUUAUGGUGAGGUAGCGAGUCUGUUACUGGAGCGUGGAGCUGAUCCAGGACACAGAGAUCAUGAUGGCAUGACACCACUGCUUCUUGCAGCCUAUGAGGGCCAUGAUGAGGUAGUUGAACUUCUGUUAGAAGCUGGUGCUGAUGUAGAUGAGACUGCUGGCCCAGACGGUAAUGUCCCUGCUGCAGCUGCUGUUACUCCUCUUCUGGCAGCUGCAGCAAUGGGUCAUAUGAAGACAGUAUCUCGUCUGCUUUUCUGGGGAGCAGCUGUGGAUGCUAUUGAUUGUGAAGGCAGGACAGCACUCUGCCUGGCAGCAGCAAGAGGCAGUACUGAGGUUGUCCGUGCCUUGCUGGACCGAGGGCUGGAUGAAAACCACAAAGAUGACCUUGGCUGGACUCCACUGCAUGCUGCUGCUUGUGAAGGCCAUCGGGCGGUUUGUGCUGCUUUGACAGAGCGGGGCAGCAUGGCACGUGUUGGAGAGAUGGACAUUGAAGGACGAACCCCUCUUAUACUGGCUGCUCAGGAGGGUCACUGGAGCACUGUCAGGCUGUUAUUGGACAGACGUUCUCCCAUUGACCAUAGGGCCUAUGAUGGACAUUCGGCAUUGAGUGCCACCCUCCUGGAGGGCCAUGCUGAGGUGGCAGAGCUGCUUAUGAGGCGAGGGGCUGACACAGAUGUCCGGGAUGCCGAGGGAAGGCCUUUGCUCUAUCUGCUCGUGUUGGAGGGACACGUUGAUAUGGCUACUCUCCUAAUAGAGAAAGGAGGGGUGCCCCUGGAGUCCCGAGACUCUGAGGGUCGUACAGCACUUCAUGUGGCUUCCUGGCAGGGAUGUGUGGAAAUGGUAGACCUACUUUUAAAGCAUGGGGCAAAUCCUAAUGCACAGGACACAGAAGGGAGACCACCAAUGCAUUCAGUGGCUUGGACAGGACAUGCUGAAGUAGGACGUCAUCUUCUAGAAGUCAAUGGUGUCAACAUAGACCUUGCUUGCCACCAGGGGGCAACAGCUCUGAGCAUCGCUGCCCAGGAGGGACAUGCUAACAUUGUUGCAAUGCUUUUGGAAAGAGGUGCAAAUCCUGAUCAUAUGGAUAAAUAUGGCCGUAGUCCAGUCAAAGUAGCUGGAAAGCACGGGCAUUUUAACAUAGUCAGGCUUUUGGAGAGCUACGGAGCUAAGCCAUACCUGGGCCCGUUGCCUAACUCUAGCACUGUCUCCCCUGCAAAAUCCAACAAGAUGUUCUCCUCAGGGAUUUCAGCGAGUAAUGGAGGAGAGGUCACAGCUGCUACCUCUACUUCCUCUGUAUCUUCUCCUGGCUCCACUGCAGAACGAUUCCACUCAAUGCAGAGUUCCCAAACCUCAUCCACCUGCCACUCUCUGGCAACAGUGCAGACAGUGCCAGCUGACAGCCUCAGCUUUAUUCAGCAGAUCCAGCAACACUCACUGCCCCGCAGUCGUAGCCGUCCCUCUACCCUUCCUCCACCAGGGAGCUCAGGCAUGGGCAGCCUCCAUGGAAGCAUCCAAAGGCAUCCCAAAGGCAGCCCACCUCCCACUGUUUGCACAGUCACUGCCAUGGUGCACAACUGCGAACUGCCGCAGAAAGGCAUGUCAUCUGGACUUGAAUAUCAUGACAAAAUGAACAAGCAAAAUUCACACUUAAUAAAAGCAGACAGGACUACUUAUUCUGGUGGCAAAUGGCACUCAGUCAUGGCUUCCCUUGGGAUAAUGCCAGGGCAGGACAGUCCUGCAGUAGGUGCUAAAAACAGAGAGAGCCCCCCUCUGGGCUAUCCUUACAGGCUGCAGAGCCCACUGCAAGGGGAAGCUUGGGAUUCUCUACCCCAGAAAAACAUUUUAUCACCUGCUUGCUACAGCUUUACCCCCGUCCCACCUUGUAGUGCCUUGCCAGAAGAUGUUAUGGUCGCAAUGACAACGACAGACCCGCAGCUUAAUCUGAAACAGGCCAUCAAACUGCAGUUUGAGGGUCCUACCAGUGCAGCCUUAUAUAAGAGAGAGACACCCCUGUGACUGGUGCUCAAGUAAGAGACAUUAGCUAUUGCUACACUUUCUUCACAAACCUUUUUCUUUUACUUUUUGUGGAUGAGUAUGUGGAUGCUAGUAUUGCUAAAAUGAUUAAGACACUGGCAGUAAAAACUGUCAUUUAGAGUAAUUUCUGACUGACUGAAAUACUUUCUAGUUUCAGCAUCUCUAGUUUUAUAUCAUUUUAGAUUAAUAUAUUAGUGUUUAGUCAUGUAGUUGCUUAGAAAAAAAAUCAAUGACAGAACCAUUGAUUAUGAAAAGCAUUAGUCGCAGCCCCACUGUGGGUAUUGGUGGAAUAAAAAUGGUGGUCUCUGGUUGCAUACUUUCAUAGCAUUUACUGAAAUCUACAUUUUAAUGACAACAUCUUUGUUUUAGGUGGAGUUGGACAUUUUUUCCAGCUCAGGGAGAGUGUGGUUUUCACCAUGUACAAUGACUUUAUGGGUUCAGAUGAGAGAGGAAGUUAUCUUUUUCUCCUCCCCUCUUCAGAAAACCCAGAGGAAGCACAAACUGAAUGACAACAAAACUCAACAAAGCUGAUUCCUGUUUUGUGCAUUGAGCAGGGCUUUCACUGACAAGAUUAACAUGUUCAGUUAAGGCAUAGCUGUGUUAAUUUUCAAUCUGGACCUUAUUUUCCCAUUGUGCUCAUAAUUGUUAUCAGUACGAGUUUGACAAAAAGGCUUUUUUUGGAUAAUAGGACUGAGUCUAGAAUCAUACAUAUAGUAGGUUAACAAGACUUUAUCACCUCUUCAACAAAUAACACCCAUUGUUGUGGAGCAAGUUUAUAGGUUUGGUCAUUUUAAUAGUAAAGAUCCCUUUUUGAAGCCGUAAACAAACUUUUUUUUUUAAGAGCUUUAAGCUUGUUGUUUCUUUUAUAUUUACUAUAAACUGCCCUACAUCCCCCAUUGGUCCACUGCUGACAACCAAACACAGUUUGCAUAAAAGCAAGUCUACCAAAGCCCGACUGAGUGCAGGGUUUAUGAUACAAAUUACAAAAGACAAGUUUACUGAACCAACUUGGCUCAUUCACAGUGUCUGUGAGCAAGCAGGAAGGAAAAUCAAAACUGGACUACAGAAACUGAGGGUGGAUGUGGGAGGGAUGGAUACAAUUCCAGACUUGUUUGUGGCCUAAAGAAAUUUCUAGUUCUUUUUCAUUUUUCAUUGCAUAAAUAUUUAAUUCAUUAAUUAAAAUGGCAAAUUUUGCCAUAACGUUGUCUACCUCUGCUCUGUCUGCUUAUUUGUGAAUGUGUAUUUAAAUGUGUACAGUAGUGGUAUUUCAUGUACUUUUCAUGCACUACAACUAAAGGUCAUGGAUACCUUCUAUCGGAGGGAUCAUGCAGGGAUGAAAGUCUGGCAGCUGCCUGAUGGUGGCUACCUGGGAUUAUUGAACCUAAGUGUGUUUGAACUGUUUGGAAAACUGAAGAAAGGAGGGCUUUGCAGACAUGUCCAAUAGUGAGUUGUCCUCCAUUUUUGUGAUAUGUUGUACUUGUGAAACCUUUUAAGUAUGUGGACUUGGGAAAUGCAUUUCUGAACUUCAUUUCUCACAUGUACUUGUGUAAAAAAUGAUAAUUAAUUUGAUGAUAGAUACUUUUUCUCCAUAUUUGAUGUUUUUGCACCUUAGCAUUGUGUUCUCAAAGGGCCUUAAAGUCUUCUCAUUGAGUCCCAA